UGCGCGGCGGAGCGGUGCCCAGGCACAGCGUCCGACCAGCGCGCAACGCAGGCGGCUGCGGGUCCACCAGCAGCGGCAACAACAACACCACUCACAUCCAUCAUCAUCAGGAAGGAAGGUGUACAUCCACACACCGGCUCUCUCCCCUGUUUCUGAAGCGGUCCCCUUCUCCUCCGCACUAUGUCGUCUACGGUCACCGAGACGGAGGAUUCGGCGCGCAGCUCACCGGUCACGCCGCUGAAGCUGGUCGGGCUGGUGUGCGUCUUCCUCGCGCUCUGCCUGGAUGUGGGUGCCGUGAUGAGCCCCGCGUGGGUGACUGCCGACGACCAGUACUACCUGUCCCUGUGGGAGUCCUGCUGGAAGCCUGCCAGCACCGACAACUGGCAGUGCAGCAGCACGCUGGUUUCAGACUGGCAGGUUGCUACGCUGGCCCUGUUGCUAGGGGGUGGAGCCCUGGUGCUGAUGUCAUUCCUGGUCGCUCUGGUCGCCGUGUGCAUCGGCACGAGACGACGAUUCUACGCACCCGUCGCUUCCAUGCUUUUCGCUGCAGUGGUCCUGCAGGCCUUCAGCUUGGUCCUCUACCCCAUCAAGUUCGUCCAGAGCAUCAACCUGAGAAUCUACCACGAGUUCAACUGGGGCUACGGCCUGGCCUGGGGGGGGACCAUCUUCUCCUUCGGCGGGGGAAUCCUAUACUGCUUGAACCCCAAGAACUACGAGGAGUAUUACUAGCUCCAAAUCAAGCUGAGAACGUAAGGUAUUCGAGGGGGAAAACGGCUCAUCUCCCAUGAACUGUAAAGAGUACUAUAAACCAUUUUUGAGCCGAUAACUAUAUUUCAAUGAACCCUGGGGGCAAUUGAAGGGGUUAAGCUGGUUGUCAAGGAUUUAUUUUCUUGCCUCGGUGAACAGAAGUGAGGCUGCAUAUUGGAACCAGCCGUAAUGUCACCAGAUGUAUCAUGGGGAGGGGUCAUACUACACCUGCAGUAACAAAGGAUAGCAACUAUCAGCCCCACUUAUUGAUUCUGUCGUCGAGGAAACAUGAGUGGCUUUUUCCGCACGUUUACGCACACAUGCACAUGCAACGGAACGUGUAUCUUCACCUGUCAUCAUCCAAUCCUCCAGGGGUCCAUCAGUGCAUCAUUAGCUUAGCACUUUUUCUUCAUCUGGAGUACACUUUCACAAGGACAUGGAAGAUGAUCUACAGUUAUAACUUUUCAUAAGACAGAUUGGUGGAGGAUAAAACAAAGACACCGGCUCAAUAUUCUGUCAUCGACCGUCGUCUGUAACCGAGGCAACCGACACGGAGCUGUCAUGAUUGAUUAGCCUCGGCCGGAGGUGUGAGACGGGCUUGCGUAAAGCCGCCUCCAAGCGACUGCUGAAAGUUCGAUUCCCAAUGAGGCCAGUUUGUCCACACCGUGACUUUGGGAGCAUCCGUCCUCCUCGGUCCAGCACUGCGUCCGCUACACCACCGGCAGAUCU